UACAUUUAGCUUCCGAUCUUAGUUUUGUUCUGACGCCGCCCGCCUUUCCACGUGUGACUUCAAGAUCUUGAUACAGGUUUUUAAGGCAUCGCUUAGGUUGAAAUACAGUUUGAUUAUCGAUAUAUAAGUAUUUAAUUAGCUACAAUGACAACUUCUGCAGAAAAGUCAUAUUUUUGGGCCAUCACUCUUGAUGCCGAUCACAAAGAACAGAAAUGGGAUGGCCUGACAACGGAGAACACAGAUGACAUGAUCAUGGUCAACCACACACUGGCUGUGAGGCAGGCGGUGGUAGGACCAGGCUGCAAGGAAGAUGAGGUGCAGGUUGUGGAAAUGGAAGCCACUGGCUAUGGUAACAAGAAGAUCAAAGUACCCGUUUUUGCCAGUAAAGGUGUCACCACCGUCCCUACUGAGUUGCUCCUCACCGACCAAGUGGUGACGUUCCGCCUAACGCAUGGUUCAGGUCCCGUCUAUAUCUCUGGGACGCAUGCGACAGAGAGCAGCGUACACCCUGAUGACGAUGAGGAUGAAGAUGGUAUGAUGGAGCCAGAAGAAGAUGAUAUCGAGGAGGAAGAAGAGGAUCUGGGACCGGUGAGAAGAAAUGGGUCAUCAGCGGGACAAAAACGUCGUCACUGAGACGCGCCGGCUCAGUCGAGCGCAGGUGCUAGGACGAAGAAGAAAGCCAAGAAGUAGAAGCUGGGAAUGGAAAGGAUAUGAGUGUACUGUGGUCCACGCUAAUAAAAUAGCGAGUUCAA